CAAGCAACCGUGAUAAAGAACAUUAGCCGGCUGUUCGAUUUUGUUGACAAAAUGUUAAAUGCCGAAUUAGCCGGUUUACCGGACAUUAAAGCUCCUGAACUAACUUUCGAGAACCUGGUAAAAGUUCUGAAGACUCUCCGACCGUUGCAGAGAUAUAGCUUCUGUGUGGAGGCCCAAAACGAAGGCGACGUGGAUAAGCUGUACAGAGGCUUCCUGAAGCUGCUAAAAGGCAACCUAAGCCUGGAGGAGGUUGUCGCCCUCUAUUCUGCAUCUGUGGUUUUGUUUCUUUUGGCGGACAACGAGUGGGAACGACUGUGCAACCAACGGCUGGAGCUUUUGAACAAGACCUUCAACUACUCUGACACACUGAAGCCAACGAUGAUACACUAUGCCACGGUUGAAAUGCUCAAUAGCCUUAAGGCGGCCAACGCCAACGAGGAGUACUUUUUUGUCUACCUGCUAGAUGCAAUUCCACAUAUUCUUGUGGCCAGCGACACUGGCAAGAUGAUCUGUCUCGGCCUCCUCCGCUCUCUAAUAGCUGUCUUGUCCGGGUCACCGAUAAUCCUGUACAUCUAUCGCAGCCUGAGGGAGGCUUGGGAGAUGGUGCCACAAAUUAGCCAGAACGUGAUACUCCUGGAAUGGUCGCUCCGCAAAACCUACGUCCUGCUAAAGGCGUUCUCGCUGCUUAUGUCCGCUGUCGCCUUAAAUUCGGCCAAUCUGGAACUAGAGCAGGCUGGUUACAGGGGUUUCGAACUGCCCAACAACACAGCGGAGAUCUCAGACUGGUUUAAGACCCUGCGAGACAGGCUCAAGGAGAAGCACACAGACUUAAAGUGCAAAGUGGGGCUGCAGUUAGUGCGUUUCGUGGACCACAACAUCCUUGCGUACCUCAAUGAGACGGGGAACGAGUCUAACUCCGAAGCAGGAAACGAGGCGACUUCGGAGGUUGGAAAUGACACGGCCGCAUAGGUUUUACUGUUAAUUAUUUAUUAAUUCGUAUUAGUAAUAGAAUGUUUACAUUAGCACAUAAAGCCGAAGCUAGAGAUUC